AUGGAGAUCAGCAACAGUUUCUUUUUUCCCCUUCACACCCGGAUAGCGAGUAUCAGCCCUGCCAGACCGAGAGGUACACAACCUGAGAGGGUUAUUGGGUCUGGACUCAAGAUUAAUGAGAUUUACAUUUUAUAAUCAUAGAAUAGUAUAGAUACAGAAUAUGUGAUGCUCGGCAAUGCAAACUUAGGCGGAAUUAUUUGAAUUAAGUGGAAAAUAAUAUUUUCUCGUAGUAUGACAGUUCUUUGGCAUUCAGAAUGCACUAAUUAUGUUGUGCACGUUACAUACAUUUGAGAGUUUAUUCGUUAUACCGAAUUGAGUAAAUUAUAGUUAAUUAAAUCAAAAUGACAAAUUUUGAGACCAGAAUUAAAAAACUCACCCCCCGCAGCUAUAUUCAUAGCUUGGCUAUUGUAAGACCACCAGGUGCUUGUUUGAUGUUGCAAACAAUAAAUGGCAAACUUUAGAAGCCAAGGCAAAGUGGAAUUUAAUCUGAAUAUUUUAGCACCAGAACCAUUACUGCCUAAUUUAGUGCUUCUGGUGCAUAGAGCCUGUCCCUGCACUUUCAGCAAUGCAAGCAAUGCCUCUCUGAGAAAAGACAGUGUGUACAUUGCUUCCUAAGGACACUUAUCAUAGCUGUUAUGCAGACAGUCACUAGACGCCAGAGGCGUAACUAGAAACCACAGGCCCCCCCCUCCCCAUACAUCUACCUCCUACCCAACACGUCCCUGACACACACACUCAUAUACACACACCCAGAUAUAUACACACGUACACUCACACACAUAGUGGGGGAGGCAAGCUAUGGGGGUGACAGUGGGGGAGGCUGGCUGUGUGGGUAACUGUGGGGAUGCAGGCUAUGGGAUAGGCAGGCUAUGGGGGUGACAGUAGGGGAGGCAGUGAUGGGUGGCUGUGUAUGGGGAUGACAAUGGUGGGAGGCAGGCUAUGGGGUUGAUACUGGGGGAGGGAGGCUGUAAGGAGGCUGUCACGAACCUCCCCACACUCACAUACCAUUUUUAGUGGACUGGCUCUCUGGCCAAAGCAUUGGCGUGGUUACCGGCAGCAAUGCUCUGGGAGCUCUCAAGCCUUCCAUUACAUGGUCUGCAGCUAACACCCAGCAAAGCUGCAGACCACAGGCUCUCUCCUCCAGGGCAGACUGCUGGAGGGGCUGCGCACCUGGUGGCACACCGGGCAUGCCGCUGGGCCCCCCUCCUGGUGUCUGGUCCUCACCGACAAAUCUGUCUGAUUAGAGCGCUACCUCAUUGCAUAUCUAUGCAGUAGAGGCGGCCCAGGGCGGCAAAACGCCGCCCCUGUUAAAGUGUCACCUGGGGCCAUUGCCCCAGUCCGUCCUAAGGACGGGCCAGCCCUGCUUUGAGCUGGUGCAUUUCUAUGAGGAGAUACUAAUGAGUGCAGCUCAACAAAUGCCACACGUGUUAUAUAGCACCACAACCCCUGAUUUAGAGUCAGUGUCUGAAAUGCAAUGUUUUUAAUCAAGACUACUGUGGGGCCUGCUGAUAAAAACCAGAUGACACAUUCCAUGUCACAUGAACUGGAAACAUUUAACCAGUUUUACAGUGCCUAAUCAGUGAUAAUAUGAAAUACAAUGUUUAUAUAUUACAGUGGGUAUUUUUGGAAGUAUAUACAUAUUUCUUCUUUCUCAUAUUCCAGACAAAUGUGUGCAUUGUUCUAGGGGAACGUAUAAAGGAAUGAUGUGGAAAUAAAAGAAAAACCAACACCUCCAUUCUCCAUUUUCCCUGUCGGCAGUUCUAACGAAACCAACAAAAUGCCGGUGUACAUUAGGAAAGGUCCCUUAGAAAUUCCUCCAGGUUCUGAAAAAGACUGGUCUGUUGACGAUGAGGAUGAUUAUUUUCUUAAAGACCCAGACAAAGCCCUUGAUUACUUACCACAGCCUUAUCGCAUGAUUGACAGAGAGUUGGAUCUGCUGAUUGACCAAGCCUGGGAAAUAAUCACAAUCAAUGAACAGAACCGAGAGGCAGAAAAACUCAAGACGAAAAUCCUCAUCCAUGAGCCAAAUGCCGAAAUUCAUGUAAUUAAUCACUUAGACUUAAGUGGAUCUGUCAUGGUUUGAUUUUGUUCCAGUUCCAUUUUUUUUGGAGUUUUUCUUUAACCCCUUAAGGACACAUGAUAUGUGUGACAUGUCACGAUUCCCUUUUAUUCCAGAAGUUUGGUCCUUAAGGGGUUAAACUGAGACUUUUAUUCACUUUGCAAUCAUUCUUCCAUUUGGAUAUAUUAGACUUUUAGAAUCACUGAUUUAACUUAUGGGUUCAUUUUGGAAAAGAAAUGAGUCAAACUCAGAUCACUAUAGUUCCACUAGAUAUGACAUGUAAUGUUAACAUUAGCCGUAAUAUUCAAUGUUCGCUUCAUUCAAACGCAGAAGGCUGCCAAAUCUUCAUGAAAUCACAUGAAACUAAAUUAAAAUUGUAUGUUUUAUUAUUUAAUCGGUUACUAUAGUCACCAAUAUUACUAUAGUUACUAUAUUAUUUAAUCGGUGACUAUAGUCACCAAAACAACUUUAGCUUAAUGAAGCCGUUUUUGUGUAUAAAUCAUGCCCUGCAGUCUCACUGCUCAAUUCCCUGCCAUUUAUAAGUUAAAGGGACACUGUAGGCACCCAGACCACUUCAGCUCAUCGAAGUGUUCUGGGUGCAAUGUUCCUUAACCCUGAGCAUGUAAUUAUUGCAGUUUUAUAAACUGCAAUAAUUACCUGCCAGGGUUAACUCCACCUCUAGUGGCUGUCUACCAGACAGCCACUAGAGGGACUUCCAGGCUCGAAGGUGACUUUUGAUCGCCUAAAUGAAGCAGGAUGUCAUCACACCCGUUAUUAACCCCUUCUUCACCAUGACAGAGGGGGAAUCCAUAGUGCCAGGAAAACAAGUUUGUUUUGUUAUGCAGCCCUAGCCACACCUCCUUGCAUGUGACUUACACAGCCUUACUAAACAUUUCCUGUAAAAUUAUCUAAUGUUUACACUUUAUUGCAAAUUCUGUUUAAUUACAUACAGGAGCAGGCAAUAAGAAAUUCUAAAUUAAAGUUAAAAUUACAGAGCAGGAGAUAAACACUGUUAAAGUAAAUUAUAUCAGAUUAAAAAUGAAACAAUUUUGUUUUCAUGCAGGUUAUGUCAUUCACAGCUAGGGGAGGUGUGACUAGGGCUAAAUGGAAACAAAAGUGAUUUAACUACUAAAUGGCAGAUAAUUAAGCAGUGAGACUUCAGAGGCAAAAACUGCUUCAUUCAGCUAAAGAUUUUAGUGACAAUAGUGUUCCUUUAACUAAUUACUGAAAUAAGUGGGAUAUGCUUUUGAUUAUGUUCAGAUUUUACUGAUCUAAGUUCAGAGUUACAUUAAACACCAAACCAAUUGGAAUUAUUGCAAAGUUUAUGAUGCAGAAACUACCGUGCACUCACUUGCAGCCCUAAGAAUUACUUAUAACUGCAGCAAAUUUUAAGAAUCAUAAAUAUCCCCCAGGGCUGUCAAUCAGGCUUCCCGAAUUCUAUAUUCUGGGAUCCCCAUAUUGGUUUUGUCUACAUUGCAUGUGCAAUGUGUGUGAUAGAAGAGAGCAGACACUCCUUGCUACCAACAGCCUGUAUCACAAACUUGUGUAUUGUAUUCUGUAGUCAUCAGUUAAAGAGAGAACUAUCACAUUCAAGAGUUAGUUGGGGAUUAUACGUUUUUUUUAAAAGUCUGUCCUGGUUUUUUUUUUUGGCUAUUAAUAUUUUAUCGCGGUAUAAUCAUGCAGUGUACAAAAACAACAAAGAGAUUGAAUUCCCACAUAAAAUGAAAAGUGAUAGGAGAGGUACACGAGGGAAACACCAUUCUAGAGAAAUAAGAAGUGUUUGAACAUCAGACAUUUUUAAAAGGACACUAUAGUCACCCAGACCACUUCGUCUCAUUGAAGUGACCAGGGUGCAAUGUCCUUAUCCCAUGUAGUCCUGCAGUGUAAAUCAUUGCAGUUUUUGAGAAACUGCAAUGAUAACUUUGCAGGAAUUAGACUGCCUCUAAUGGCUGUCAAUCAGACAGGCACUAGAGGCUCUUCCAGGAUGCUAACGGACUCUAGGUUCCCUAAAUCACAGUGAAAUCCCCAUAGGAAAGCAUUAAGGUGUGGCAAGGGCUUCAAAGUGAAUAACUGUCACAGUACCUUUUGUAGCCUAGAUUGUUGAACAGCCUGGGGAUGCUCAUAUGGUGGAGAGGGACACUUCUAAUGGGUCCCUCUCCUCUUCUCAGCGGUUCCAGAAUUGCUGGGGCAUUAACCUAAACAGUUAGUAGAACACUAAAGUGUUAGGAAUAGAAACAUGGUCCUUUAAAUAUAUAUUUUUUAAUGGCGAAAAAUAAGAGCUUGUGAGCUUCAGUCUAGGUCCUUUUUUAUUUCAGUUAUUCAUACAUUUUUGCUUGUAAUUACGUCUGGUUAUCAUAUACAUAUAUGCAUCAUAUAUUCUUAUUUUCAAUAGAUGACCAGAAGGGUUAACUGCAUUGCUUCUGGGAAAUCGGGAACAUAUAUAUUCGUUGGCCUGUCUGAAGGAGUAGCUGUUUACAGAGUAUCUGACUUGCACUGGAUUUGUGGAUGGGAAGAACCAAAAGUAGAGAUCUGUAGUCUCGAUGUUUGCCAUGUGAAAAAUGAAAUGUAUCUCAUCGCCGCUGUGGAUGACAUGGGUGAUUAAUUUAUCCAGUGAUACUAAAAGAAUGUUAAAUAACUUAAGAAAACUAUUUCUUUUUUCAGUUUGUUUUUAGUGUAUGGUUGUUCUUUAUGUCUUAGAGGUUUAUUUCAACAUUAUAAUUUUUUUGCUGCUCCAGGGAUUGGACGCCUUUUGAUUCUUGCAGAGGACAAGCUCAAUCUUUUGAAAAUCAUCAAUGUACCAGUGAGUAAUUCUCUGUUGUUGUGUGCUCUAUAAUCACAAUAUACUCACAGUAUAUUUAUACUUGUUUACUUCCACUGUUGUUAACCCUGCAGGAGGAUUUAAGCAAGCGCACUAACUGUAUACAUUUUGAGAUUGCUGAAGGAGGAGAAUAUGCUGGAGUUCUUCUGGAAGGUAAUUUUGUUAGUUUUAAGUGGCCUGAGAACAUUUAGGCCAAAAUAGCCAAUUUGUACAAUAACCAGCUGAGAGCUGUAGCUAUUUUGGCCUGAAAUUUUAAAUUCAUUACAAUUCUCUGUUUAUCAAAUAAACCAUAUUAAGUUAUGCUCUCUGCAUUAGAAAGCACUCUAUGUGAAUAUGUACAGGCAUACCCUGCUUUGCGUAUGCCCUCACUUUAUGUACUCUCGCGAGUACGGACAUACCUGCGACUGUACGUAAAGUGCCUCGUGAGUGCGGACAUUCCCACGCCUCUUCUGUCAGUGAGGGAAGAGGAAAUGGAAGGUUCUAUUCUCGCCCGGAGCAGCUCUGCAGUUUCAGGGCAGGCCUCUACCAACACACAAGGGUGACUCACUGACUAUGUUUUAAAGUCACAGGCACAUGUUUUUUUUUUUCUCUUGCUCAUUUAACUCUGCAAGAUAUAUGCCCGAAAAAAACCCAAAACAACAAUUUCUAGUUUACGACUGUAUCUAAAAAAGGGAGGGGUAGAUGUUAAGAUCUUGUCUUAAUAGAUAGGACUCAAGAGAAGAAACCAUGCAAAUUCUAGCAUUUUAAAAGACAACAAAUUGAUGUUUUAUUGAAAUAAAACUCUAUACAGUGUGAGUGUAUUAGAUUACUGUUACAAAUUUAAAAUCUAUGGAUUUAACCACUAUAAAGCUUACAUAGUGCCAAAAUCAAUACAUCUCCAUACGCAAACAUUUGUAACCCUCCUAAAAUGCCAGAAGACUUGCAGUACCUCACAUGUCUUCUCCACAAUGGCUUUCAUGAGAGAUCUGACCUAUUGAAGACAAAUCCCGUCAACAAUUGUUCUUCAUAAACCAUGCUUAACAACCUGGCAAACUAACAUUGUCAAUCCAUUGUUUAUAUCAGUUAUGCCUGUAAAUGACUAUUGCAAUGCAGUACAUACAUUAGGAAGUGAAAAAAGGUAUUGCUUCACUUUAAAUCCAUUUUCAUUUAACAUACAUGCUCUGGUCCCAUUGUGUACUUAAAAGUGGGGUUCCAUUAUCAGGUUUUACCAUUGUAUAUAAUUUGAGGCCAACCAGAAUAAUAAAGAUGCUGGCCACAAGAGGGCGAUAGUAAUCAGCAAAAUACAUUGGUCAUCACUGUGUAUCUAAGUGAACCAUACAAGUUAAAUUCUUAUAAAUUGAAAUGAAAAUACUAUUGUGGGGCUUAAAGGGUUAGUCUAAGUACUAUAAUCUCUUCACUCUACAUUAACGAUACUGAAAAGGAUAAUUAUGUUGGAAUGCUGACAUGAGACAGUCAGCAUAGUUAUAGAAUUCUGUCUUGCCAUAUUUGUCUUUUACUUUCAUUUUCCAUAGUUGUAUUGAUAACGACAUUCCAUGUCUUCUCUGUCAUUUUGCCUCUUACUAUCUGUCUAAAAACUGUAUACUCUUCUCUGCUGGUCUGCCAAACGUUUGCCCAAGCUUAUUUUUCAAGGAAUUCUUCCCAGCAUGUUUGGGUAUGCAGUAUUCCGUCAUCUUAUAAAAUGGGAAGUAAGGGUAAAGGGCAACUGCUCUCACUUCUUAUUUUAUAAGUUUAUUACAUUUAAUGAAACGUAAUGCUAUAUUUUUUCUGAAUGAUGUAUAUUGGAUUUAAAAAAAAAUAUUUAUUUUUAAAUGUCAUAUUUUUAUCUGGCUGAGCAGCCAUGUUGGGUCAGAUUCUACUAUUAUCGGACCAACUGCUGCUCAUCCUAACUUGCUUGCUGUUGUGAUUGCUCUGUGUGAGACUGCAGCACCAUUUUCAGGGAUUAGCCACAGAUAGUCCAUACCAGCAGAAUAUGGAGUUUGCCCUUGUUUCCUGCCACUGUUUACUAAGCCUGUAUGAAGGUUGAUCGUUGCUGACGUUAUAUAAAUCAUUGCCAUUAUUCCAUUGUACUGCAGCAGCAAUGCAUUGGUGCUGUUGCUUACCCUGCAUGGGUAAGAGUUUCUGCAGGGGUAUGAAUCACCGCUGCUGCUUCCUUUGCUUCUGUUGUCAUUCAGAUUGUUGCUAUUGCAGCAGUUGUGUAGUUACUGCAAGGCCUGAAAGGCUGCUUCAGCAGUAGUUGAACAGAUCAGGGCUACUCCUACAGAUGUAGUCAUAUGGAUAAGGGCUUCUACUGCUGCAGUGGUCAGGUGGAUCAGAGCACCUGCUGCUUCUGUAAAUAGAGAAAUAGAUCAUUGCCCUUGCUGCUGCAGUUGUUAUAUCCUGCAUUACAGAUUGUUUGCUGCUGCUUCUGUUACACAGAUCUUUGCUGUUGCUUUGUUUGUACUGCAGGGCCUUAUAUAUGGAUGGUCCUGCACAGCCUUUUACUGCCACUCAGACAAAGACUGUAUUCAGAUGGAUCACAGCUGCUGCUGUAGUUGUAAUGUAAUGGAAAAGAGUCACUACUACAGCUGUAGCUGAACAGACCAGGGCUGUUACUGCAGAUGUAGCUGAACAGACCAGGGCUGUUACUGCAGAUGUAGCUGAACAGACCAGGGCUGUUACGGCAGGCGUAGCUGAACAGACCAGAGCUGUUACUGCAGGUUUAGCUGAACAGACCAGGGCUAAACCUGCAGGUGUAGCUAAACAGUCCAGGGCUGUUACUGCAGGUGUAGCUGAACAGACCAGGGCUGUUACUGCAGAUGUAGCUGAACAGACCAGGGCUGUUACUGCAGAUGUAGCUGAACAGACCAGGGCUGUUACUGCAGAUGUAGCUGAACAGACCAGGGCUGUUACUGCAGGUGUAGCUGAACAGACCAGGGCUGUUACUGCAGGUGUAGCUGAACAGACCAGGGCUGUUACUGCAGGUGUAGCUGAACAGACCAGGGCUGUUACUGCAGGUGUAGCUGAACAGACCAGGGCUGUUACGGCAGGUGUAGCUGAACAGACCAGGGCUGUUACGGCAGGUGUAGCUGAACAGACCAGGGCUGUUACGGCAGGUGUAGCUGAACAGACCAGGGCUGUUACGGCAGGUGUAGCUGAACAGACCAGGGCUGUUACGGCAGGUGUAGCUGAACAGACCCGGGCUGUUACGGCAGGUGUAGCUGAACAGACCCGGGCUGUUACGGCAGGUGUAGCGGAACAGACCCGGGCUGUUACGGCAGGUGUAGCGGAACAGACCAGGGCUGUUACGGCAGGUGUAGCGGAACAGACCAGGGCUGUUGUGUAGCGAACAGACCAGGGCUGUAGCUGAACAGACCAGGGCUGUGUACGGCAGGUGUAGCUGAACAGACCAGGGCUGUUACGGCAGGUGUAGCUGAACAGACCAGGGCUGUUACGGCAGGUGUAGCUGAACAGGCCAGGGCUGAUGCGGCAGGUGUGGCUGAACAGGCCAGGGCUGAUACAGGUGUAGCUGAACAGACCAGGGCUGUUACGGCAGGUGUAGCUGAACAGACCCGGGCUGUUACGGCAGGUGUAGCUGAACAGACCCGGGCUGUUACGGCAGGUGUAGCGGAACAGACCCGGGCUGUUACGGCAGGUGUAGCGGAACAGACCCGGGCUGUUACGGCAGGUGUAGCGGAACAGACCCGGGCUGUUACGGCAGGUGUAGCGGAACAGACCCGGGCUGUUACGGCAGGUGUAGCGGAACAGACCAGGGCUGUUACGGCAGGUGUAGCGGAACAGACCAGGGCUGUUACGGCAGGUGUAGCGGAACAGACCAGGGCUGUUAGCGGACCAGGGCUGUAGCAGGUGUAGCUGAACAGACCAGGGCUGUUACGGCAGGUGUAGCUGAACAGACCAGGGCUGUUACGGCAGGUGUAGCUGAACAGACCAGGGCUGUUACGGCAGGUGUAGCUGAACAGACCAGGGCUGUUACGGCAGGUGUAGCUGAACAGACCAGGGCUGUUACGGCAGGUGUAGCUGAACAGACCAGGGCUGUUACGGCAGGUGUAGCGGAACAGACCAGGUAUAUGCAAGGGCUGUUACUGCAGUUGUAUUAAUAUAUGUCAGCGCUGUUACUGCAUCUCUAGUGAAUAUUACUACUGCCACUGUUGCUGUCUUUUCCUAUACUGCUGGUGCUACCAUUGUCUUGCAUAGCCUUUAUUACUGGUGAAGCACUGCUGCUGCCCUCGCAUGGAUCACAGCUGCUACUGCCAUUCAGGGGCAUUACGAGUCUCAAAUAAUACCCAAAGUAAAAUUCUUUGACCUCUCACAAAUUUUCCAAAAAUUCCAUACCAUAACCCGUUGGUUGGAAACCUUUGGCAUUGCAAAUGUUGUGGACUACAUCUUACAUCAUGCUUAAUGAUUGCAGCCAUAAUGUUGGCAAAGCAUCAGGGGAGAUGUAGUCCACAACAUCUGGAGUGGCAAAGGUUGAAUACCCUUGCCUUAACCUAUCUUUUGACUAUUUUAAGCAUGCCAUAAUUCCUAUUUGCUGUGCCUGAUUUUAAUGCAUGGUAUGCACCCCUUAAUCUAAAGUAUUCUCCACCAUCCUUUCAUUAUUCUACCAUUUUUUGUCCAUGUGCUUCUGGUCAAUCCCGUCUCCCCAUUCACUUAAAGGACCACUAUAGUGCCAGGAAAACAUACUCAUUUUCCUGCCACUAUAGUGCCCUGAGGGUGCCCCCACCCUCAGGGACCCCCUCCCACCCGGCUCUGGAAGGGGGAAAGGGGUUUAAACUUACCUUUUUCCAGCGCUGGGCGGAGAGCUCUCCUCUCCGCCUCCGAUCCGAUCCGCCCCGCAGGCUGAAUGCGCACGCGCGGCAAGAGCUGCACGCUCAUUCAGCCUGUCGCAUAGGAAAGCAUUUACAAUGCUUUCCUAUGGACGCUUGCGUGCUCUCACUGUGAAAAUCACAGUGAGAAGCACGCAAGCGGCUCUAGUGGCUGUCAAUGAGACAGCCACUAGAGGAUUAGGGGGAAGGCUUAACCCAUUCAUAAUUAUAGCAGUUUCUCUGAAACUGCUAUAAUUAUGAAAAAAUGGGUUAACCCUAGAAGGACCUGGCACCCAGACCACUUCAUUAAGCUGAAGUGGUCUGGGUGCCUAGAGUGGUCCUUUAACUUACCCUAUCCCUCUGACAUCUAGUCUCUGCCCUUAUUUAAUGCUCCCCAUUCCCCUAUGAUGCUGCUUCUCUUCUUAUUUAAAGGAUACUCUAAAUAGGUUUCUUAUUUUGCAUUGAAAGAGUUGUGACAUGGUGCGUGUGUGACAAUCAUUGUAAUAUACCAACACUGUUUAGCAAAGAAAUGCAUUGAAACCAAUUUUUCUGUAUGAGAAGCACUCAUUUCUGCUCAAGAUGAGUGAGGCAGAAAACUUUCUGGUUGUCUGCUUGACAGCUGAGAGUUGUAACUAAGGGGAUUUAUAAGAAUGCAAAUUUUUCAGAACAUGAUGACACUGAAUUCAGAUUUAGGACAUUGAAGCAUUGUGUCUACAUUACCUGAAUAAAUGGUAUAGCAUUCAGUGCUUCUUUUUGAGCGUAUUGGAUUGCUUGAAAGUUAUGAAGCUUGAUGACUUUGAGGUUGUUGGAUGGGCUGUGGUCAAGAGUCUAUCUCAGCACUGUAAUUUAAAGUGUAAUUUCUCUUUUCAUUAUUUUUUUUAAUUAAAGGGGAGGCCCUAAAUCUAAACAAAUACCCAGGCAUGGUGGACAUCAGUUUUUUUUUUUUCCCUCUCAGUGUAGUUUUCCAUGAAUUGCCCUUCAUCUGCUUUAACCACUUACCUGCUAACAGUUAUGUACAUUGUUGUUCACUUCUCUUGAAACAAUAAAAGCUAUGGCGAGAGCACAUAAAAUAGUGGAUAAAACCAAACCGUGAUAAAAUAUAUAACAAACAUGCAAUUUACCAUGUAUCUGUGUAUAUCUUAAAAAUAUAAAACACAAUACAUAGUAUAGCCUGUAUAAAACAAACAAAUAAAUAAUAGUGGAGGAGAAAAAAUACCACUCAUGUGGUGCUGUGCCGUUCACAAGUCUAUAAGCGCCUUUUUGAUAUACAGGGAGUGCAGAAUUAUUAGGCAAAUGAGUAUUUUGACCACAUCAUCCUCUUUAUGCAUGUUGUCUUACUCCAAGCUGUAUAGGCUCGAAAGCCUACUACCAAUUAAGCAUAUUAGGUGAUGUGCAUCUCUGUAAUGAGAAGGGGUGUGGUCUAAUGACAUCAACACCCUAUAUCAGGUGUGCAUAAUUAUUAGGCAACUUCCUUUCCUUUGGCAAAAUGGGUCAAAAGAAGGACUUGACAGGCUCAGAAAAGUCAAAAAUAGUGAGAUAUCUUGAAGAGGGAUGCAGCACUCUUAAAAUUGCAAAGCUUCUGAAGCGUGAUCAUCGAACAAUCAAGCGUUUCAUUCAAAAUAGUCCACAGGGUCGCAAGAAGCGUGUGGAAAAACCAAGGCCCAAAAUAACUGCCCAUGAACUGAGAAAAGUUAAGCGUGCAGCUGCCACGAUGCCACUUGCCACCAGUUUGGCUAUAUUUCAGAGCUGCAACAUCACUGGAGUGCCCAAAAGCACAAGGUGUGCAAUACUCAGAGACAUGGCCAAGGUAAGAAAGGCUGAAAGACGACCACCACUGAACAAGACACACAAGCUGAAGCGUCAAGACUGGGCCAAGAAAUAUCUCAAGACUGAUUUUUCUAGGGUUUUAUGGACUGAUGAAAUGAGAGUGAGUCUUGAUGGGCCAGAUGGAUGGGCCUGUGGCUGGAUUGGUAAAGGGCAGAGAGCUCCAGUCCGACUCAGACACCAGCAAGGUGGAGGUGGAGUACUGGUUUGGGCUGGUAUCAUCAAAGAUGAGCUUGUAGGGCCUUUUCGGGUUGAGGAUGGAGUCAAGCUCAACUCCCAGUCCUACUGCCAGUUCCUGGAAGACACCUUCUUCAAGCAGUGGUACAGGAAGAAGUCUGCAUCCUUCAAGAAACACAUGAUUUUCAUGCAGGACAAUACUCCAUCACACGCGUCCAAGUACUCCACAGCGUGGCUGGCAAGAAAGGGUAUAAAGAAGAAAAUCUAAUGACAUGGCCUCCUUGUUCACCUGAUCUGAACCCCAUUGAGAACCUGUGGUCCAUCAUCAAAUGUGAGAUUUACAAGGAGGGAAAACAGUACACCUCUGAACAGUGUCUGGGAGGCUGUGGUUGCUGCUGCACGCAAUGUUGAUGGUGAACAGAUCAAAACACUGACAGAAUCCAUGGAUGGCAGGCUUUUUGAGUGUCCUUGCAAAGAAAGGUGGCUAUAUUGGUCACUGAUUUGUUUUUGUUUUGUUUUUGAAUGUCAGAAAUGUAUAUUUGUGAAUAUUGAGAUGUUAUAUUGGUUUCACUGGUAAUAAUAAAUAAUUGAAAUGGGUAUAUAUUUGUUUUUUGUUAAGUUGCCUAAUAAUUAUACACAGUAAUAGUCACCUGCACACACAGAUAUCCCCCUAACAUAGCUAUAACUAAAAACAAACUAAAAAACUACUUCCAAAAAUAUUCAGCUUUGAUAUUAAUGAGUUUUUUGGGUUCAUUGAGAACAUGGUUGUUGUUCAAUAAUAAAAUUAAUCCUCAAAAAUACAACUUGCCUAAUAAUUCUGCACUCCCUGUAUUUUAGAUCAGAUGCUGGAGCCCAACUGGAAGUGUUCUGUCAGGUCACUUUUUUCCCUUAAUAGCCCAAAUAGACGCCAAAUGAAGGGGUAAAUACAGGAACAUAUAUCUUUAAUGGUGAAUAAAUAAUACAGCAUAUACUAAAUCUCCAUUAAAAUAGUCAAUUGCACUAACGCGUUUCGACGAAAAGUCUUUAUCAAAGUGCAUAACAAUACCACACACUUGUUGGUUUAAAUAUCUUUAAAAAAGGCGCGAUAUCUUCCUCCGUUGUAGGACUUCCGAUUUCUGGAUGUGUCAUUUCUGCCGGGAGCACUUACGGGUCAGCGGUCAAUGCCUAUCUACGUUAGAUGACAUACUUCCGGUUUCGGGUUUCUUCUUAGUAAAAGUUCAUAAUGCGCAUGUGCGCUCGAGAUUGUAAAUAAACUUCCUUAUUAGUCAUAUCUACAGAACCUUAAAUGUUAUACUUUUAAUACAAUAAAAGAGAAAAUGUAUCAUAUUAGGCUCAUCAAUGGCAAAAAAAUAGAGAUAAAAAACAAAAGAUACACAUAACAAAUACAAAGCACAGAACAUAUAUAAAGAAGAAAAAAAGAGAGGGGAAAAAAAUACGUUAAAUAUGAUUGGGUGGAUAACAAGAAAAUGAAAUAUCACAAUAUAUAUAAAUAUAAAAUACACAUAAAAUAUAUAUUAAAAUAUAUGGGAAAAAAAGGAAAAAUUAUCCUAAAAAAUACAAAAUAUUAUAGAAAAGAUCUUAUAAAAAAGAGUUAAUCUCAAAGUCCACAUUUAGACCAUCUGGAGUGAGGGUGUUGAGGUUGAACAUUUUGCAAUUGACUAUUUUAACGGAGAUUUCGUAUAUGCUUGGUGAUUUUGAGCUAUUAACUUCGAUAUUAGCCUUUUUUAUAUAUAUUAUUUGUUCACUUCUCUGACACCUCUCAUCACCUCUUUUUAAUUUCUUAUAAAAAUGUUAAGGUACUCUGUUAUCAGGAGCUGUGAUAUGACUAGACGUAAUGCUAUUAAGGUUAUUCACUAAAGUGAGAAUUCCCAGUGAAUUUCAAAUUUAAGUUCAAAAUAGCCGAACUUGAAAAAUUUUCUGUCACCUGUGCUCUCACUUCGGCUACAUCUGGCCUUAAAUUUAAAAUUCACUGUGAAUUCUCACUUUAGUAAAUACCGUUGUAGGUUUUACUCUAGGUGCCUUAAAAUUAUUUUGUCUGUUCUCAGUUGCUUAGAACUUUUUCUCAACACAGGCAACCAUGAAUGUUGGUUGGAAAUAUACAGAAUGCCCAAGGAUUCCUGGUUGAAAGAACUUGAAAGCUCCCAGAUAUUGCCACCAACUGAAGCGCCAUCAUCAACUCCUACCUUGCCAGUGAGUUACCAUAUGCCUUGUCAAAUGACAUGAGCACAGUCUAUAUUCUUUUUUUAUUAUUUAUGUAACCUGAUGUGUGUGACGCAUUAUAACAGUGCAUAUCUUCCUGAAUCACAAUAAUAAAAUAGUUAUGAAUCUGUUAACGUAUGUGGCUAUCUGACUGAAUUAAAGGGACACUUUAGGCACCCGGACCACUUCAGCUCAUUGAAGUGGUCUGGGUGCAGUGGCCCUGUCCCCUUAACCCUGCUAUUGUUGUUGUUAUUAUUGCAGUUAUUGAUAAACUGCAAUAAUUACCUUGCAUGGUUAAGACUGCCUUUAGUGACUGUCAAUCAGACAGCCACUAGAGACACUUCCUGCUUGAUAAGUGACUUUUGGUCGCCUAAAUGACUGGACGUCCUCACGAUAUGCAUGAGGACAUCCAGUGUCAGUCAAAUCCCCAUAGGAAAACAUUGCAGCAGUGCUUUCCGAUGCCGAGGGCCUAAUGCUUUUGCCGUGUUCGCUGUGCAUGUGCGUCAGGUGACGUCGAAAGGGGGUGGAGUGCCGGCCUGGCACCGAGGGAGAUCUGCACUAGAAUCGGGUACAAAAACCCUUGAUUAACCAUUAUUGACCUUACACUGCGAGUGGGUUGAAAGGGAGAUAUAGUGCUUGGAAUACAACUCAUACGUCUAUUAACCCUUACAAUGCAGAGGGGGAUGCGAGAGGAAGCUACAGUGCUAGGAAUACAACUUUGUAUUCCUAGCACUGUAGUAUCCUUUUAAAUGCUGAAUUAACCUGACAUUUGCAUCAUUUGGUUAAUAUUCCCAGUUUUUAUUGUAAGUGAAAUUCAGAUAUUUACUAAAUACAGUCCAGGGGUGAAAUUGGGGAUUUGCACUAAAUGUGCUGAAUUAGAGACUACUCAUGAAGUUAGAAAACUGACUUUUUGUUACUGUGGGGGCUAUGUCAAUCCCCGUACCUCAUGCUGCAGUUAAUUUAUUAUUUUAUGUUAUAAUAAUUAUGCUAGAUUUCUGUAACAAAUUGAGAUUACACCUUUUAGAACUUCUUCUCAUUUGCUUAUUCUCUCUUCAUUUUGUAUUAAAGUUCACACCACCGACUCUUACAUUGAAGAUUAAACCUCCUAAACCACUCACAGGUAAUUAGAGAAUUGGUGUGAAAAUUUAUUCAGUAAAACGUGAUUUCAUAUGAUUUAAUUAAAUUCUUUAAUAUUUCAAUGACCAGAUAUAUUAUAUAAUAAUAUUCUAUAUUGCCGUCUAUCUUUCUGUCAAUCCACAUAUCCAUCUGUAAUAUGUUUUUGUGUUUUUUCAUCUGUUGUAUAGUAUAAAAAGGAAAUGUUCAUUAGUCACUGGUUUGUAUCUGUCUCUGAUCAUACAUGUAUUGAUUAAAGGGACACUAAAGGCACCCAGACCACUUCAGCUCAUUAAUGUGGUCUGGGUGCAGUGUCCCUGUCCGUUUAACCAUGCAAUUGUAAUUAUUUCAGUUAUUGAUCAACUGAAAUACUUACAUUGCAGGGUUAACUCCACCUCUAGUGACUGUCUACAAGAGGCGCUUCUGGGUCGCCUUUUGGCCGCCUAACUGAUGCUGGACAUCCUUAUGCUAUGCAUGAGGAUAUGCAGCAUCAGCUAAAACCCCCUAUUGGAAAGCAUUAAUACAAUUUUUUUAAAUUUAUUUAUUUAUUUAUUUUUUUACAAUAAAUUCAAUACUGUCCUACGGGGUUGUCCUAAUGCGAUUGUGGUGCUGGCCUCACAUGCACAUUAUGUACCCGGCGUCAACCACAUUAGGGGGGGUCAUUUAGGUUACUAUAGUGCUAGGAAUACAAUUUUAUAUUCCUAGCCUAUAGUUUCCCUUUAACUAUCAUACAUAAGCAAGUUGCCUGUUGAGAUCUGUUACUUGAUCACAUGGUGACCUGAACAUGCAGGAACUGAAGAGGGCUACUGGGCAAGGUCCUGCAAGGUAAAGAAUGUAAGGAUUACUCUAAUAGUUAUGAUUAAGGAGUGCGCUACACCACUCAUUUAAGCCCAUUUAGAGUUUAGUGUUUAGAGGAAAACACUUCAAGCACUAUAACCACAACCUCAGAGCAGACCAAAUAUUUAUAGAAUGAUUUAACUUCUCAUCUGGUUCUGCCAGGAACUGCUCCCCACCACUUGUACAGUAAAAUGUCUGAAUUGCCGAAUUUCGGAAUUAUCUAACCGAAUUACCGAAGUGCUGUAUUUCGGAAGUGCCGAAGUGCUUCGGAUUUCUGAAAAGUGACAAACAGGAGAGGGAGGGAAUGAUGACAGGAAUCUAACCCUACCCCUACUAGGGGUAGGGCUAGGGUUAGUGGUAGAGUUAGGGGUAGGGUUUGGGUUAGUGGUAGGUUUAGGAGUUAGUGGUAGGGUUAGGGUGAGCGUUGAGAGUAGGGUUAAUGGUAGGGUUAGGGAUAGGGUUAGUAGUAAGGUUAGGGGUAGGGUUAGGAGUAGGGGUUAGGAUUAGGGAAUUGGCGAUGUGCUGAAUUGCCGAAGUCAUGAAUUUUGGAAGUGCCAAACCGAAACAAAUUUUUUGUUUCAGCCUUCAGAGAGUCAUGAGCUCUGUGUCUGAGCUAAGCCCAGAAAUGCAGGGUUUAGCACUUUGGCUGAGAAUGGCCAGCAUUGCUGGGCUUAGCUCAGGAUAGGUAAUGGAAGCUGCUAAGCAGGAACUUCUGGCUCAUCUGGCUGCUGAGAGGAGGUUAGAUUUCAAACCAUGUAUGUGUACUGUAGCAGGGGUAGUCAACCUUUUAAUACCUACCGCCCACUUCUGUAUCUUUAUUUAUGGUAACAUUUCCUUACUACCCACCAGUGCCCCAGUAACUAAAUUUAUAGUCAAAGUGCCAUUUACAUUUUUUUUUUUAAAUAUGUACUUAAAUUUAUCUAUUUUUUUUUCCCCUUUUUUUCUUUUAUUCCACUUUUUUUCUUUGUGUGUCUGUGAGGUGCUGUGUGUGUGUGUUUGUGUGUAAAGGGUGUACUGUGUGUGAGAGAGGCAGUGUGUGUGACGGGUGCUGUAUGUGUGCAGUGUGGGGGGCCGUGUGAGUGUGAGGGGGCAGUCUGUGUGUGUGUGUGUGUGUGUGUGAAGGAAGUCUGUGUGUGUAUUCGGGGUAAAUAAAAACAGCUGGCAAAAGCUGCAUUUCUCUUGUCUGCAACCUUUGCAAUCCCUCCACUUCUAACCGCACCCAGAUUUUCUGUGGCUGUCCAAUCAGACAUUCCAAUACAGUUCAGUGAGGAAUCUAUGCAAGGCAGGUGCUCUGGGCAAUUUCUGCCUCCUGAGUUUAGCUGCUCUGGGCUAAGCAACCUAGCAGUACCAGGACCAGUUGUCUGAUUGAAAGCCGGGGGGGUUGUAGCAGUGUUAAUUUAUAAAAAUGCCAAUUUCUAUUGAAAUCUGUGCUUUUUGAAAAAGGAAAAAAGAGGUCAGACUCUUCACACAGAAAGCUUUUCAGCAAGCUAAAGUAAUUUUUGUGACUGGAGUUAUCCAAUAACUUUAAUUUCUGAGUGUAAUUUUCUAGUGUGAUCCUACUUCACCCAUUAGCAUGGGUUCAUGUUCCUGAGAGAAUAUGUGACUGAUCUAAAGACGGAACCAAUAGGAGCUUCACACCAACCAAAUGCCACAUUGUCAAGACCACUGUAGUAACACACGUCUUAAUACAUCACACUGUGAGGUAGAUUCAUUUUCCACCAAUAGUGCAAGCUUUCUGAGAUUUUCUCAUGAAUUAAACCAUUUGGAAAGUAUUCUCCUAAGACAGCACAGCACAUUAAUAAUUCAGGCUAGCCUAUUCUAAUAGAUGUUGAAAUAUAUUUGCUGAUAAACUCAUAUGGAACUUAAUGAGGUUGUCAUGGUGAUUAAAUGGGGUCUAAGAGGACUUAAUGGCUUAUAAAUAAAGUGAGUAAACAUGGUGUCAGCCUAUAGUAUGCUUUAUUAACAGACUGUGUCUUAUUUCUGCGUAUGAACCUGGUGAGAAAACUGCAUUGUGAAUAGAAUAGAACAUUAAUGCACAUUGGGGAAUGUGUUCUCAGAACAUUUGUCACACUGUAGUGAAGGAACACAUACACAGUUAUAUUAUGUUGUCUUUUAAUUACGCCUCUCAAUAUAUUAACUCCUAUUUUUGCAUAUGCAGUUGUUUAAUGUCUGAUUCUUUUUGUGUAGUGUGUAAAUAAACCAACGAUUAGUAAUCUAAAUGAAUCUUGUAAUUAGACCUUGUAUCUGCUUUAAAAUGCAUAGUGCUCUGAACAAGAACGGUUACAAUUUGUCAGUCUAUUUAACGCUUCCAAAUCUUUCUAAUCCAUUCAUCUUUGUGUUCUUAUUUGAGAGUAAGGAUCUUUUUUUGCUACACAUCAAUUUCAAUAUUUACUGCGUUUAAAAACACCAUUCUAGACACAACCAUUUGUGGUCUUUCUGGUAAGAAUUCUUUCCAGUGUCCUGUGACCUUUCAUAUUAACAAGGUAUCUCUGCAAGACAAGCAGGAUGUUUUUGUAAUUUACACUGAUUUAUAGUAACAGACUGUACAGGCUGACACUCCUUUUGCCCUUUACACUCAUUUCACUAAUUGGAUCCAUUUUAAUCACUAAGACAACUCAUUAAGUCGAAUUUGGGAUUCUCAGCAAUUAUAAUAAAAACUGGGAAUUAAAGUAUAAUAUUGGCUUGAUAAUUGUUGCACCAUUUAUUAUCUCAAUUAUCAUUAUAGCACCAGCUACAUUGAAAUAUACAAUUUUGUAAUGACACGGGGUACUGCAGUGAACCCAUACUCAAGGUUUAAAUGUGAUUUAGGGUUAAGGGAGACUUUGCGCUUUGGAAACUGAGUGUUAAGGGAAGUGGUUAUGGAAACGGAGAGUUAUGGGGUGCAUGAUAUUUGCAAACAGUACCCUCUCAUCGUGCAAGUGACAGUUGUGUUGGCAAAACACCUUGUUAAUGAGAGAAUUAAAAUUACAGUGCAAAAGUGAUUAUCGAACUUGAUGAGCUACCACAGCAAAAUACAGCCUUACCGUAGAUUUCAUUUCUAUCAACUAAUAUAAUUAAGAGGGCAUGUUAAAAAAUAUCAUAUACAAUGAGGUAAAUUCCAUUGCCGUCAAUAAUGCAACUUUGGAAAAAAAGGGAAUUGGGGACACAAUCGGAACAUGCAUUUCUUAGCAAUAGUGCUACCGUAUAGACCAAAAUGUAUACAAAAUACAGAUUAAGAAACAGCACACACACACAAAUAGCGGUUAAAAUUUCACAAGGCUACUUAAAAUCACCUGUUUCUGCAAACAAAUAUGGGGAUUCAGUUCCACCAUAUGGCCCUAUAGUGGAACUGAAUCCCCAUAUUGUUUUGCUGAGAAAUGUGAUUUUAAAGUAGCCUUGUAAAAUUUAAACCUGUAUUUUUGUGUGUGUGUGUGUGUUGUUCCUUAAUGAAUAAUGUGACUUUAUUGAUGACUUUCCAAUGAAUGAAAACCUAUGUGUUUAUGUAAACACAACCUUGCGGAGGCUUGUUUCUGAGGAUUUCUCCUAAGUAAUAGCACAUUAAUAAUUCAGGCUAGCUCAUAGACCCUAUCCUCAGAGAUUGUGAAAUAUAUUUGCUAAUAUUCCCAAAUUCCACUUAAUAAGUUGUCUUAAUGAUUAAAUGGUAUCCAGUUAAUAAAGAGAGCGCAAUAAGUAAAAUGAGUGUCAGUCUAUAUAGCCUGCUACAAUAAACCAGUUUAUAUUUCCAAAACAUCCCGCCUAUCUGGCCAAGAUACAUUGUUAAUAAGAGAUGUCACAGGACACUGGACAGAAUUUUUACCAGAAAGACCACAAAUGGUUGUGUGCAGAAUGAUGUCUUUAAACGCAGUAAAUAUUGAAAUUGAUGUAUAGCAACAAAAGACCCUUCCUUUUAAAUAAGAACACACAGAUGAGAGGAUUAGAGAUUGGGAAGGGUUAUACAGACAGACAAAUUAAAAAUUCUACUGAAAAACGGUUAUUGUUCAGAGCACUAGGCAACAUUUGCACUGAAUCAUAACUUCGGUUUCAAACAGAGGGAUAUUGUUAGGCACACCAGGUAGAAAGGUCGGUUUCCUAACUGCAGGAGUAGAAAAGUCAUAUUACCAGACCUAAAAAAAAAAAUCACACACAACCUAAAAGGUGGAAAUAUCAUAAUCCAAGACUGGCUUAGGUUAGGAUGCCACAAGAAAGAAUGAUUGUAAUACAUCAAAGUCAAUAUGGACAACAAAGGAUGGUCAAAAAACAAGCAGUGCCGGGUAUACACAGAGGUCAACAUUAAGUAGUACCUCAGAACACAGUAGCACAACACACUCUGUGGAAAGGAACAAUAUUUUGGCACUGAAAUAUGUAAGUGCUGACAAUUUAUAGCCCUUCCCCCAGGUAUAUGCAAUGUGUUUUUGUAAAACACCUGGGAAUACCGAUAGCAGCUAUCACAUAUUGAUAAUCGGAAUGAUUCAGAAACACAUACAUUUUUGCUCUUCUAUCCCACAUUCACAAGGGAAUAAGUCAUUCAAAUUAGGGCGAGUUUUGUGGCCCUGCGAAGGAGUAUCAUUUUUAUAUUAGCAUUCAUAUCUAGAGCUCCAGAAACACACAUCCUUCCACCCCUAAAAUCGACUCCCCCGUACAGGUUGGCUGUUUCUGCCUAGAUUUUAUUUUCCUAUUCACUAGAUUUUUUUUGUUCAGUAAAUAGCCCCAGGCAUUUAUAUAUUUGUGUACGUAAUUUUGGCUGCCAGUGGAUUACUAUUUCAGCCCUAACGUAAUUAUAUUUUGGAUGUUAUCAAUAGGUAGCUCUUUCAGAAGUCUCCAGGAGGCUUUACAGAAAAGUGAGGAUUGCAGUAUGUUUGGAACUGGCCAAAACCACAUCAUCAGUGCUCAGCAAUGGGAUCAACAAAAAGCAAUAUUCAUGGACGUGUUUCAGAAGUACGUCGAUUUGGAGAGUCAUAUUAUAACAGAUGGGCAAUGGUCAAGGUAAGAGUGCUGGAUUGAGGCUGGGAGACAGAGAACACACUGUUCAGUUCAAACUCAUACAGUAGCUGUAUGUACUAUCCUUGGAUAAUCCUAUGAAAGCUUUUCAAGAUUAGAAAAGACAAAAACAGGAUUUACAGUCACUAGAAACCUUGACGUGCUGCAAAAUGAUACAUUGCUGUAUAUAGAAGGAAGUACACACUGUGUGCAAUGCAGCCAUUUAUUGGCACAUGAUUUUGUUUCUCUGUACAUCCAACUAUUAGAUUUAAAGUAGAGUCAUAUUUGGUGCAUGUUAACAGUCAGUUUAAUUAUCAAGUUACUGCUAUAGUGUUUACAUACAGAGUUAUUCACCAAAGAGAGAAUUAUCACAUAUUCAAAGUGAAUUUCAAUUUUAAUGCCAAAAUAUCCAAAGUGAAAGCAUGGCUUCCAGUUCAGCAAUUUUGCCUUAAAUUUAAAAUUCACUUUGAAAUUCCCACUUUGAUGAAUAACCCUAUAAACUAUCAGCAUCGAUCCACUUGUUCAAAAUGAUAUGUCUUGCAGUAGUUUCUCUAUGGCUACAUUGCAAAGGGUAACUAUUAAGAAGGGCUAGACGGUCCUAAAUUUGUGCCAAAAUCUUGCUUUCAUUUCAUUCUUUAAUUUUUUUUUUCUCUUUUAAUGGAACCCCAAAUUAUUGUUGUGUUAACAGAGCUUCACAAUUCCAUAAGACAAUAAUCUGUCUUUCAGCUACAAGGAAUGUGUUUCAAAUUAGUUUUUGUGACCUGUGAAACUUUGAUAUGGUAAAUUACAAUUUCACUUACAUUAAUAUUUGACAGUAGGAAAUGAAAUAACCUAAAAUGUCACUAGCUCUGCCCCUGUCCUACACUUCCAGCCUCACCCCCUAAAAUAAAGGUGUCCCUCUUUAGUCAUUUGAAAUUCUGAGAUGCAUGCUAAUGGUAUUUCAGUAAAUAAUAUGUUUGAAUUUGAGCCUACCUAAGCUGUCACUUUAUGGACUCCAUUUCCCAUCAGCCUUUGAUAUGAUAUGAUUGACAGGAUGUGAGAGUCGCAGUAUAGUAUUUUUAAAAAAAUGAUUUAAUGGAAUACUUGGUGUUCUCAUUUGUAUUAGUAUCAAUUUGUUAAAUCUACAUGUUUCUUUAUUUCCUUCAUGAUUCAGUUUUGUUCAACAUUUGUCAUCAGAUUAUUGUUUUAUCUCGUUUACUGUACAGGCAUGUAUCAUUUCAUUUCGUCCAGUCCAAUAAAAUAUUACUCGGAGAGUUAGACAGGAUCCCGGGAGGUAUGAGCAUGUAAUUGGUGGUGUUAAUGUUUUAUUUUCUGGUUUUGUCUAAGUGUAAUGCUAUAUUGUAUGCCCUUACCAAAGUCCUGUCAAAUUAAAUGCCAGGGAUGGCUACACGUUGCAGUUUAUGAAAUCAACUUUGUGAGCUCAGCCAGUGCAAAGGAACAUUUCAACCACCAUACCAACUUAUCUUUAUUGCAUAGGUCAAUGGUGAAAAGAGGUCUCCUGUUACCUGCACUAUUUCUUAUAACUGCAGACAUUUUAAAAAUAUUGCAUUUCCCCUCAAUCUCUGCCUCCCUUGGAAAACUCAUCAGCUCCUUUAGAUUCCAUUAUCAUUUACAUGCAGAUGACACGCAAAUCUACCUGUCCUCUCCUGAUCUCUCUCUGCCCAUUUGACUUGUGUCUCUGACUGCCUCUCCGCGAUUUCCAACUGGAUGGCUGCUCACUUCCAUAAAUUCAACCUGUCCAAAACAGAACUUCUGGUCUUUCCUCCCUCAAGUGUUGCUACUCCCGUGUCUGUCUCCUUCCAAGUCAACGGCGCCACCAUCACCUCUACCUCGCAGGCUCGCUGCCUAUGUGCUCUCUUUGACUCAGACCUCUCCUUCACCCCUCAUGUCCAGUCGAUCGCCAAAUCCUGUCGCUUCCAUCUCAAAACAUAGCUCGCAUCUGCCCCUAUUAACACCAGACACGACUAAGGUGCUGGUCCGCGCUGUUGUUCUUUCUCGCCUUGACUACUGCAAUCCCCUUCUUAGUGGUCUUACGUGUUCCCAGAUUGCACUGCUGCAAUCUAUAAUGAAUGCAGCGUUGAGGCUCAUUUUCCUGUCCACCCGCACCUCCCACGCCUCCUUAUUCUGUUAUAUUUCACAUGACAUUUUCUCAGUGUUGCAUGUUUUAAAAGAGUGGUGUAGGUACAUGAUAUCAAGGGUACACAUUUACAUUGUUCUCCACUAGAUGGUGUUAUUGUAAAAUCUAGAUAAAUGUACAAUUGCUAAUUUCAGUGACUGCAUAUUCUCUUUUCCUUUUCUUAGUGAUGCCUAAUGCCGUGAGUGUGCACUGGAAUGAUUGCCAUAAUCUCUAUUUCUACCUCCUCGGAGCACCUUCUAAGGAUAAGUCAGGUAAUAGAUCUAAUCGAACCACAGGAAUAGAUCAAUUUAGAGUCUACACAUCAUUGCUACUUUUUGGGGGACCAUUAAUGAAUUCUGCAGACAGGCAGGGUUUAGCAUACAUUUGAAAUCAAUUAAUUAAUCAAUGCAGUUCAUUUAAUUAUUCUAGAUGUAAUUAAUGAAUUGAUUUGUUAUUGGGUGCAUAUUCACUAUACUUUCUAUCCCUGCUUCACAUUAAAAAAGGAAUUUACAAGUUUACCAAAAUUAAGUAUUGUCUUUGCUUUACUCACCUGUUUACAGAGGAGGCAGUAUGCAUUUGAGGUCUCUUUUAUGGGAUUGGUAGUUUUGUAACUCAUUUCUAAUCAAAUAGAACAAAGCAAAAUCCACACUAACCAAAGCUACAGACUAUAGAUAUAUAUUAACAAUAAAAACAAUCUUAUGUCUCUAAAUGCCAGAACAAAAGGGUCUUAGUAAAUUGUUGGAAAUCUAGGAAUCCCUAAUAUAAUUUAUCAUAAUAAUGGUUCCCUAAACUUAAAAAAAGAUCUUUCCGUUAUAGACUUCAUGGGUAUCAAUAUUGAAGUUGUGUAUAUGUUGAUCCAGUAACGACUAGUAGAUGCAGCAUUUUCAACAAAUAAAUAAAAUGACCUUGUUUUUUGCUUUAUUUUUCUUAAAGCACCACUAUAGGCACCCAGACCACUUCAGCUUAAUGAAGUGGUCCGGGUGCCAGGUCCAGCUAGGGUUAACCCAUUCUUUUAUAAACAUAGCAGUUUCAGAGAAUGAAUGGGUUAAGCCUUCCCCCAAAGCUUCUAGCGGCUGUCUCAUUGACAGCCGCUAGAGGCGCUUGCGUGAUUCUCACUGUAAAAAAUCACAGUGAGAGCACGCAAGCGUCCAUAGGAAAGCAUUGAUAAUGCUUUCCUAUGCGACCGGCUGAAUUCGCGCGCAGCUUCUGCCGCUCGUGCGCAUUCAGCCGACGGGGAGGAGAGGAGGAGGAUCGGAGGCAGAGAGCUCCCCGCCCAGCGCUGGAAAAAGGUAAGUUUUUACCCCUUUCCCCCUUCCAGAGCCGGGCGGUAGGGGGACACUGAGGGUGGGGGCACCCUCAGGGCACUAUAGUGCCAGGAAAACAAGUAUGUUUUCCUGGCACUAUAGUGGUCCUUUAAUGAACGUUUAAAGUAUCCUCAUUUGCAGUCGACAUAUGCUAGUAGUUCUUAACUUGAGAAUCAGAACCCACAAUCGUGUUCAUUCAUGUGGCCCCAGGACACUGCUUUAAUUAGUUGUUUAAUCUAGCAGCAAUGCUUUUUCUAGUGCUUUGGGUAACCUUUCAGACACUGGGAAGAGUCUAAUGGUGGACCACUUUUUCAGGAUUUAUUUUGUUAUAUAUUAUAUUUCCGUGGAAGAAUAGGUCACUGAGAACAUCUUAACAUUGAAGAAUGGAUCUAAACGCUAAUGCCAUGAACAUAAUUUGUGUUCCUCUCCUGAAAGGUUGGGAACAAAUGAUGUAUGCACUGUAUGAAGUCACAUUCUAUUUAUCCAAGAUCAGUGAAAGAUCUGAUCAUGUAGUGUGUUUAUUUCGUUAACAAAUGUUUUACAAAGAAAGAUACAUUUAAGAUUUCUCUCAUUUUAAAGUAUUUCUUGGGGGAGUACAUACAAAUACAAUGUUAUACAUAUAAUAGGAGACUUAUAGGAAUUAAUUAUGAAUACACUGAUUUGUAUAAUGUAGACAUGUACAACACAAUCAUAGAUUAACAGCGAGUACAGUUGCUUUUUGACUGAAGGUAGAUGGAUGCAGAUGUUUUUAGGGACUUCAGACUGGUGGCAAAUAUGAUAUUUUCUGCAAAGUUAUUCCAUGUAUGUGGCGUUCAAUAGAAAGCUGCUUGACUGACCUCUUUUUUGACCAUAGGGGAUGGGAGCAGCAGGAGUAAGCAUACUGCUCAGGUAGUGUGGGAGUUUUCCUGACAAGUGGUUGAGAACCAGUCAAGAAACGUUAAGACUAUAUAUGGUUUAAGUGUUAGCCAAUUUAGUCAUUUUAGCAUGCCAUAAUGAUGAGUAAUGUAGUUGCACUGGAGAACAAAGUGACAAAUCUUUAUUUAGACAUUUAUUAUGUCCACAGAGUCCAUCAGGAUUUUCCAUAAAUGGCAAAUUGUCAUGAAUUUAUUCUCCCCCCCCCCCUACUGCUGUUAGCUUAUGACAGGGGUGGCAUUUUUCACCCCUGUCAAAGUGCCAUCUGGAGCCACAGUCCACAGGACUAAUGUAUAGGCUGGCCCUGCUGCCUGGGCUCAAGCAGAAUAGCGCAUGAAAAAGGGGAUUGCUAAAAUUCCCAGAUCUUUUGUAUGCCAUAAUUGGAGGAUACUUAAAGAGAUCACCCAAUCUAGGAUCUGAAUUAAGAAUGAACCAUUGCUUCUGAAUCAAGCAUCUAAACUGUUAUGACUGUCUCUGAAAAGUUAAUAACCAGGGGGAUUCUCCCAACAUCUCCUACCUUCCUAUUAGUCCUCAGUGCAGUUUGUGCUAAAUAUGAUUUUAUUGACAUGAAAGAACAGAGCUCAAUGAACAGAAAUAACAAACUGCAGUAAUUGUUAUACAUACAAAUUACAGAUUAGGGAACGGCGUUAUACAUACAUCAUGAAAAGGGCUAGCAGUACAGCAUGAAACCAAUGUUUACUUCUUUGCCCUGUUACAAAAGAUGAGAGCAGAAGACUACGUGAACCUAUAAUUAGACUGCAGAACGCAAUAAAAUCAUAAUACAGAAAGCAAGAUGCUGGUGGAAAAUAUAAGAAAAAGAAAACCAUGAAUAAAGCUGUAAUACACUGCCAAGCAAUAAAUUGUAAAUAUAAGAGACCAAGAGGAAUGGACCGACUGGUAUAUGUGGGGCCUUGCAUACAUUGUGGGUGACUAAUACAUUUGCCAUAAAUUAAAAAGUCUGAAUUAAAAAGAACUUGUUGCUCAGGAGUCCAGAAGACAUGUCUUGUUAGAUCCAAUCUGAGUAUUUAUCAUUUGAACCUCAGAAAAGAAAGUAAAAAAUCUAGUUAGCGCCAGAUAUAGCAUUAAAUGGAUGAGGGAGUAUAUCAAGGCGAGGAAUGAUGCAUAAAUUCCAUAGCAAUUCUCAGUAGCUCAUUGUACAGUGCGGAUAAAAAAAAUUCUAUACCAGCCCCAUAAUGUGCAGAUAUAGAGGCGGAUAAAAAAAAACAAAAAAAAAACACCUUGAAAUUGAAAACUUAAAACUAUAACUCAAAAUGUAAAAGAAAGCACUCAUAGGGCUUCAAAAUAAACAAAAGAACAAUUUUUUUAAGGAGAUGUGCAUUUGCAUAUAGUCAAUGUUUCAGUCCAACUACCAUGACAUAUUAAGAAAAGUUUGGUAAUGGGACUGAAAUGGUGAAUGUAUGCUUUAUUGUCACAAAAAAAUGACAUUAUCUUGUUGAUUUUGAAGUCCUAUCAGUGUGCUCUUCACUUUUGCUGAGAUAAUCAAACUUGAUGAUCUCAGCCAAUCAAAAUCAAAAAGGGAAAUACAGGUCAUUGAAAAAUUGGCUAGGCACCGAGUCCACAGUCCGGUGAGCCACCACAACCCAUAGAGAUGAGCACUACCUCAACAGGCCCCACAUCAAUUUCCCACCUGACAAAGCUUAAUUGUAUGCUGGCAGGACUUGCUGAGUCUCUCCUAGGCUCCUCAAGCAGCCCAACAACAUAAUCGAGGUCCCAAAGCUGGAACAGGCCACAAAUCCUGCCAUUUCCACUUUAAAAAUAUUGCAGUAUCUGCCCCUUUCUUACACAAGAUGCUGCUAAGGAGCUUGUGAAUGUUCUAGCAAUCCCUCACAUUGAUUAGUGUAAUUCUCUCCUAUUGGUCUCCCCAGUAACUGCACUGCCUCUCUACAGUCUGAUUUUUCUCUGCCCUUUCACUUGUCACCCCUCUGUCAAUCCUUACAUUGGCUUCCGGUACCCUAUAGGAGUCAUUUCAAAAUACUAACCUUACCUAUAAAGCUUUAAACUAGGGAUGUGUAUGAUCCAAAAAUUUGGUACGGUCCGGAAAUUCGGGUAAGAAACAAAAUUCGGCACUUCGGCAAUUCUGAAAAUCUGUAGGGCUCCCUAAGCCUACCCCUAACCCUGCCUUAACCCUAGCCCUAACCCUACCCUACUCUAACUCUACCCUAACCUUAACCCUACCCUAAGCCAACUCUACCCUAACCUUAAUCCUACCCUAAGCCAACUCUACCUGAACCCUAACCCUAAGCCAACCUUACCCUAACCCAACCUUAACCCUAAUCUGUGGUGGCCCCUAACCCUACUCUAACCCUACCUUAACCCUAAGCCAACCCUAACCUAACCCUACUAUAACCCUAAUCUGUGGGGCUCCCUAACCCUGACUUAACCCUACCCUAACCCUACCCCAAGCCAUCCCUAACCUAACCCUACCUUAACCAAACCCUAACCUAACCCUACCCCUACCUUAACCCUAAUAUGUGGGGCCCCCUAACUCUACCUUAACCCUACUUUAACCUUAACCCUAGGCCAGCCCUAUCCCUACCUUAACCCUAAUCUCUGGGGCUCCCUAACCCUACCUUAACCCUACCCUAACCCACCCCUACCCUAACUUAACACUAACCCUACCUUAACCCUAACUUUACCAUAACCCUAAGCUAACCCUAACCCUACCUUAACCCUAAUCUGUGGGGCACCCUAACCCUACCUUAACCUUAACCCUAAGCCAACCAUAACCCUAACCUAACCCUACCUUAACCCUAAUCUGUGGGGCUCCUUAACCCUACCUUAGCCCUACCCUAACCCACCCCUACCAUAACCCUAACUUAACCCAACCCUACCGUAACCUAACCCGACCUUAACCCUAAUCUGUGGGGCUUCCCAACCCUACCUUAACCCUAACCCACCCCUACCCUAACCUUAACUUAACCCAACCCUACCCUAACUUAACCUAACCCUACCCCUUAAGCCUAACUAUACCGUAACCCUAAGCCUACCCUUCCCUAACCCUACCUUAACCCUAAGCCAACCCUAACCCUACUAAUAACCAAAGAAAAAAAAGUUACCUGCGCUCUCUCCUUAAUCCCUAUGUAUAUUUAAACAAAUGGAGGUCAUUUAGUUACUUCAAUGGCCACUGGAGGGAAUGCCCGCCUGCCUGCCAACGUCAAGGCAGACCCCCCUAGACUGGUCCUACUCUGACCCUUUCCCUUGCUUCCUUGAGCUUCUGGCAAAAAUAUCUAAUGAGACAGAAAGGGGUAUUUUUUUUAUAUACUCCCCUAUAUACUUGUUAACCCUUAAUAGGGAACACAUGGGAUGGGCGGCAGCAUUGUAACCUAGCUGUGUGAUACAAAAAGUAAUACAAAUGCAAAAAGAGAAGUCCUGCGCCCACUCCCAUCAUUCCUGGGCAGCAGCAAUGACCACAGUACACAUUAGCUAAUACAUAUAGUAAAAACCAAAUUUCCCUUUGACAAGGGAAGUUUUAUUCUGUAAUCCACAUUAAAUGUCAGCUGCCACAACUCCGACCAUUUGUCUAAUUUACCCUAAUCAUUUGUCAUUCAGCUUAUCCCUCCUGAAAUAUCAACCCUGUUGCAAAUCUUAGUAUCAUCAGCAAAAAGACAUACCUUACCAACAAGACCUUCUGCAAUAUCACUAAUAAAAAUAUUAAAGAGAAUGGGCCAAAGUACAGAUCCCUGAGGUACCCCACUGGUAACAAUUGCUUUGAAUGUACGCCAUUGACUAUGGAGCAUAUAACUUAACACAGACAAGUACUUGAUUUGUGGGUGCAAAGAAUUGGAGAUGAAAAUUUAAAUUGCAACAUACAAAUACACAUCCAAAGCAAAAAUAAAAAUGAUCUUUAUUAAACACAAACAAUACAAAUGUAUCACUAGGGGUCAAUAUACAUCCCAAUUGCAAAUCCACACAGGUAAGUAAUGUUAAUAUGUACAAAUGCUUCUUACAUGUUUCACAGUAAGAUAUGCUUACCAUCAGAAUACAAAAUUGUGUGAAAUCACCCCAUACAGUGCAAAACGAACAAAAAACACACAUCUGUAAUGAGUGUUACCUUCUAAUAGGGUCUGACAGGAAAAUUAUAUCAGAAACCACCAAACGUUUCGGCUGAACAAGCCUUUGUCAUUAAUAACUCAGAUGUACUAGUACUACACAUAGGAAGGUCCAAAUGGAAAAAGGCAGUAAACCCGACAUAAACCCUACAUGUCAGGAUCGGCCAUAGUAAAAAAAAAAAACAUAGGCCCAAACAAAAUCAAAUCUUGCGGCGUAAACCAGCAACCUGUUUCCAUAGCAACUGAGUGCCAUUCGUAUGUGCCCCGUGCCCGGCCACACUUUUAAAACUUAUUUAAGUAUAGGAAAACUACUUUUUUUUCCAGCUGGUUUUGCGUAUUACUAAUUUGUAUGAAUUUGUAUAUAGACUGUAUACUGACCCCUAAUGAUAUAUGAACUGAUUGCACGUAAUAAAGAUCAUUCUUAUUGUUGCUAUUGAUGUGCAUUUGGGAUUAUUUGUAUAAUGUAGUAUUACUUCUGGAGCACUAGGGGAAGGGGUCUGUCCCUAAUUCUUUGCACUCACUAAUUUGGCAUUUGUCUGUAUUAAGUUGUGUUCGUCUACAUUGACUAAUUAAAGUUACAGUUAAUUUAAUUACAGUUACAUUUAAUCAUAAUGUUUUCUUGAGGAUUGCUUAGUUAAAUGGGCACCUGUCAUGCGCAUAACAACUUGUGCUCUUCACGUUCUUGCUGACAAUGAGGCCAGUGUGUCUGCAUCGCUCAGGAAGUUUGCCCUGCUUAGGAAAAACUCCCCAAGCAGGACAAGUCAAUAAACACCUUGGGGGGAACGAGGGCAGACCUAGGUUGGUGUUACAGAAUUGUAACCCCCACCUCUAUAAGGAAAAUGUGGAGCUCAAUUAGAGGGUAAGGUAAGUGCCUGAUAGAUUCGCAAUAGAUUUGAAAAUGUUAUGCUAGUAUUUAAAGAAUGCUUAUUUUUAGCAAUCUAUCUUUCAACCACUGAGAAAACAUCCUGUAACAAAGCCUCAUGUUGUGAAAAAUUUGAUUUAAUUGCAUAGAUGAUGGUGUUCUGUAACUUUACUCAAAAUUCACAUUUCGCACAGUCACACUGAGGGAUUGACCAACUCCUAUCAGUAAUGCUAUGGGAAGACAAUAGCCAAAAAAACAAAACAUAUUUUAUUAAUUCACCUAAAUGUUAUCUGCACAUGGCCAUAUAACACAUUGUAAACAACACAAUACAUAACAUGUAUUGAUCCGUUCCAUUUAUAGCUCAGAAAUUAUUGUCCUAACAGCUCUUGUUAUACCUUUCAGAUAUCGAACCAAAACCUGAUCUUGUUUGGCCCUGUGCCGCUGCCAUCACUUGUUCAGCAGUGAGCUCAUGUUUUUACUUAGCACUUGGACUGCAAGAUGGGACUCUUACUAUAUGGGACAUGAAAUAUUCUGGUGAGAUUUAUUCAGACUUUAAGUUGACACAGUACAGUAGAUGUGUGAGUGUGAGUGUGUUGUAAUAAAUCAAGAAUCGCAUUGAAACGAUAAAAAAGGUACAAUGUGUGUGAACCCUUUCUUUCCUUACACAGGUUUCCCAUUAGCAGUUGUUGAUCUUCCAGAAGGAAAGUGUAUAGAUAGCCUGUAUUUCCUAGAAUGCCAUACUGCUAAUAGAGACUCUCCACCUACACCCAGAGCUCAGCUUCUGGUGUGGUGCACAGACAAAUCCCUGUAUCUCUUGACCGGUGCAGAAGGCACAGAAAGCAACAUUGUUCUGAUACGGGAAAGGUGAGUCUUGAUGAUACUUGGUAGUAUUAUAUUCUUACUUUUAAAUGUCCUGGAAUAAUUUCUAAGCCUACUGAACUAUAUUAUUGGUAACAAGGUAGCACAGUAAAUCAGGGGUUUUGAAGCUUUCUUCAAAGGCAAUCACAUGGUCUAGAUAGAAGUUAGGGAUCACUAAUACUGUUCUAGUGGGCAUGAUGAGAAAACAGGUGAUGAGAAGCAUUUCAGUGAAAAAUAAAGAAUGACAUUAUUUUAGAUUCAGAGUUCUGUAAAAUAAAAAUUAGUACUUUGUAUACCAGCUUGAAAUAUAUUUUGUAGAAUGCAAAACAACCUGGACCUAUAAUGGCUUAAUGUGCAUUUAGAGAGUAGUAACUAUAUAUAAUUUAUAUAUUUUGUAUAAAAUUUCAUACAUACACUGUUUUUUCAUAAAGAUAGCAUUGUUUUGGAAAAACGUGUAUAUGCUGCUGUAAAGGAUUCUCCUAUACUCACCUGUGUUUCUUCGGUUAUAUCCUCUCCCUGCUGUUGAACUAAUUUUGGAUGGUUCGUUUAACUCCCAGAAAAAGGAUUUACACUUUUAAAUUGGCACUUCGAAUGCAGUCGAAGUGGCCGCAAUUCGAAAAUCGAACACAUGGCGGCGGCCAUUUUAAUUUAGUCGAACGCGGUCAGCGGUGCGUGCCACUGAAUCUAUGGAACUAAAAGCGGCUAUGCAUUUGCACGAACACCGCAGACUCUUACCUUCUCAGGAACUUCGACACUUCGGCUGGAAUCGAAGUGCGUUUGACAAUUCGAACACACUGUUCGAAUGGGACUUAGACAUUUUUCUGGGUGAAAUUGACCGACCGCACAGCCCAAAUCUAUGGAACUGUUUUGGGCAGGAAAAUGUGCUUGCGGUCGGUCAUAAAGGACUUCCGUCUAACGUUUGAUCUACUGGAUGGAUUUGUCUGAUUUUUGGGUAUGUUGCUCACAUCACCCUCAGCUACACAGGGAUAUGUUUAUGUUGAUACGUUAUGUAGAAAGUAUAUUUUCAAUAAUUGUAAAAAAAUUUAACUUUUCUGGCCAUUAGAUAAUUGAGUUUGAUAAGUGCUCAAACCCAAUUAUCUAGCCUGGCCCAGAGGAGGAGUUAUGUAUUGUAUACACUGAAUGCCUGUUGCUUCCAGUAAAUCAGUCUUGUUCCAGCAUUAAACAUUUGCUCAUGUGUGGAUUAUUUGGCGAUACCAGCGAUAUUUAUUCCUGUGGAUUACUUGGUGAUUUUCUUUUAUGGAAAGAAGGGAAUGCUUGACGGUGAUACAGACGGUGAUACUAACGUCACAGCUGCAUUGGAAUUUCAAUUAAUUUCAAUGAAAUUCCAACACAAUCAAAAAUAUAUCAUAUGACAAAGUAGGGACUCCCAUCCCCCACAAGCGCCAACAUGUAAGCAAGUAUGUCUAUUGUAAAAAAUGCAAAGACCCACAUGUGAUAGUGCUACUUACAACUUUCUCAAUUGUUUAAAAGGAGGUGAGGUUUUACCCCAGAGUGCUAUUGACAGAACCUGUUCAUCUGGCCACUUCCUCCUCCGGACCCUGCUUCAAUGCAGAAGUGAUUGCUAAAGCGCCAGUGAGUAGCAGAGACUGUCAGCUGAUGCUCACCAGUUCCCAUUUAAAAGUUUCCACAAUGAAGCAGACACCAUAGGAGGUGGCAGAGUGGCCAGGACCAUCAAGAAACGUCAGGUGCCCACACAACAGGUUAAUAACAUACAUGUCACCUAUUUUCAGACCUAUAAAAACAGGGACAAACACACAGGUCAUAUAUCACCAACAUGGAUCUAAUUUGUUUGGCAUUAACCUAGCAUUCAUAGCAUAUUUUUCAUAAUAAAAAAGUGAAGCAUGGUUGUAUGUCAAUAAUGAUCUCUAACUGCAUCAUUACCAGUAUAAAAUGGUAAAGAUAUUUUUGGGUUGUGAUUCUAUUGAAAACAAACAUAAAAUACCUACCAAAGUUUACAAACUGCAAUCAAAAACAAAUGCAAGACUGAGGCCACAAUCAGAAUACAACAUAAUAAAAUUGUAGAAAAAGUUUAUUAUUGAAAUUUUAUAAUAAAAUAUAUAUCUAGAAAUGGAUUUAAUUUUCUUGUACCUUAACAUCGUAUCUUAGUGAUUUUCUUAACAAACUCUUAUUUUAUCCAUUUAUUUCUUAAAGCUCCAUUAAUUCUGACACCCAGAUUAGCGCCGUGAUGCCAGUUCAAUCCCUGCCUAAUGCAGUAAGUCCUCUGCAAUUUUAUCUAAAUAAUUUGUUAUUGAUCAAGAUGUCUAACAUUGAUUCACAAAAUCUAUAAAUGUAAAUAACAUUUUUAUUGCUCCCUCCAUUUACAUAGGUACUUUUGUUUUAUCGCAGCGGUAUCGUAGAACUGAUGGAUAUUUCACUGAAAGAAGCAGUUUGUCAAUUCUCUUUACCAUUCUCCCACUGGGUGGCAUUUCCUUGGCAACCUGUGUAUGCAUUUGAUUCGGAGAACCUCUUCCUUUUUCUUAAAGGUGGGACACAUUGAUAUUAUUCAACUCCUGUCUACUCAGACACCUCUCAUUCACGUCAUAACACAUAAAUGUUACAUAGUUACAUAGACUUGCGUCUAUCAAGAUGAGCCUUUCUCGCAUAUGUUUCUGCUGUUGAUCCAAAAUAAAGAAAAACACAGUUUGAAGUGCCUUACAUUUUGCAACAAACUAGGAAUAAAUUCCUUCUCCACUUCUCCUUUAAUGACAAAUGAGACAAAGUAUUACAGAUUUUGUCAGAAACAAUAGGCUGAUUAGGACCCUACUCAAACGAACUUACAAUCUAGAGGAUCUAGAGGUGCGGUAUAAAAAAAACACAACAGUGAGGACAGCACAAGGAAUAGGAGUCAAGUAACAUGGUGGAAAAGUAGCAGACCCACUUAUUAGGUCAAGAGAAUAAUGGCAGUUAUCCUUGGAGUCCAUAGGUUAUUCUGAGUUGGUGUGUUUCUAGUGAGAUUUUAAAGGUUUGGAUACUAGGAGACUUGAUUGUGAGUCUAAUAGGUGGAGACAGGCUGUUCUAUAACAGUGAACCUGCCCGCGAGAAGUUGUGCUAGCAAGAGUUGGCACUAUAGGUACAAGCAGCAGACAGUAGAAAGUAACCAGUAGAGCACAGUGGCUGUGAAGGGGCAUAGCUAUGAAUUAGUUCAGAAAUGUAGCAGAAGUUUUUGAGAGCUCUGUAGGUAAGAGUUAAUAUUUUGAAUUGAAUCCUAUAGGGCACAGGAAGCCAAUGUAAUUGUUUGACAUAGGGCUGACGUAUGAGAGGAGCAGCGAGAGCAAAAAUAAGCCUGGUGGCAGCAUUCAUUAAGGACUGUAGGGAGGCAUUAGGAGACAAUUACAGUAGUCAAUGUGAGAAAUUACAAGAGAAUGAACCAGCUCUUUAGUAGCAUCUUGUGUAAGAAAGAGGCUUAUGUGGGGAAGGUUUUUAAAGGGAAUUGGCAGGAUUUGGUGACAGACUGGAUAUUAGACCUAAAAGUAAGGCGAGAUAGGAAGCUCAGUUUUACACAGGUUGAGGUUUAGAAAGUUGGAGAACCUCCAUUCGGAGAUGGAAUAGAGGCAACCAGAGACUAGUUCUAAGACAGCGGGGGAGAGGUCAGGGGAGGAGAAAUAUAUCUGGGUGCCAUGCAGUUGGUAGCGGAAUCCAAAAUAAUUAAUAGGUUUACCAAGAGAGACAGUAGAGAGAGAACAGAGAGUGUGUAGAGAGAACAGUAUUGUUGGGAGAGAUACAACAAAACUCAAGAAAGGGCUGUGUCAUGAAGGCCAUGGGUGGGAAGAGUUUGGUGAAGUAGAGCACGAUCAACAAGAUCAAAUAGAGCAGGGAGGUCUAGAAGAAUUAGUAUGGGGUACAGGCCUUUGGAUUUAGCAACAAUUAGGUCAUUAGUUUCUUUAGUCAAUGCAGUGUCAGUAGAAAGGUGGGGGGUAUGGUUAUGGAAGGAGUUUAAAUUGUGAAAGCGCGUCAGAUGAUUAUGAAUAUGUCGUUCCAGAAGCUUUGAGGAGAAUUCUCUGAUGCUGCCCCCUAAGAAUCUUCCCAGCAUUCCCUGCCAAUGGGACCACAUGGGUUUUGGCCAGCUGCAAUGAGUGCCUAUAUUCACCCAGCAGGUCCAUAGAGUAAUGUACCGCAGAGACAAUAUACACUCACUGAGAUUCCUUUCAGGACAGAGGACAGUCCAUCCCACAAGAGCAAUCAAUAUAGUAGAAAAUAAGGAACUUUCAGAUAAAAUAAUUAUAAAUUAAAAGAAGCAGUGUUUAUAUCACCCCUUAGGGCAAUAAAAAAGUGCAAAAACUGCAAAGUAGAGGACAAAACAAAGCAACUGGGCUUUUAAUAUUAUAUUUGCAUACCCCUAUAGUAAACAAAUAUCUAUUUGUGAGAUGUCAAAAAUAAAAUUUAAUGUAGACAUCCACACCCAGCAGUCAGCAGAGAGAAAGCAGACAAGGAACACAAAAAGAUGUUUGCCUGGAUAGAAUUACUGAUAGUGACGUUUCCAGCUUUUAUCAUCACCUCCUAAAGAGUUGACUUGGGAUGUUGAGAGGUAUGCAUGCAGCCAUUUCCCUUCCUAAUAAGACAUCACUGUAGAAGACGCUGAUCUUGAGUAUUUUCAACAAACCGUGGCAUUCACAAACAAGUAAUAUUUUUAUUUGGACUUUUUCAUUAGCGUUAUACUGCAUGAAUAAAAGGAUGGCAAAAGCAACAUGACUUUUCAUUAAAUUAUGAAUGAACAUAUAAGGAUUCAAUAACAUACAACCUGUUUAAUCAAAUGCAAUAAAGGAACGUGAUGGAUUGGUUUUCUAUAUUUAUUUAUCAGUCACAUUUGUAUUACAGGAAAUGAGAAAAUGUCCGCAGGGGAGAUUAUGGCAGAAGGAGUUGAAGCUUGUUCUCUCUUUACAUUCAAUCUGAACUCUUUGCAGCUAUUGGAUGCUUUCAAAAAGAUGCAACAUACUUCACUGUCAUUGUCUCAGAACCUACACUGGGAACAAAGGUGUAAAAUCGUGUUACAAAAUAGGUAAGGUUAUUUUUGUUUGGGGUGCAAAUAAUGGUCUGAAAUAAAACACACAAAAAAAUCCCUUAGAGGUCACUGUAAAAACAAGAGAAUCUUUGAAUAAUUACAGAGCUUGUGGUGAAAAUGGAACAAGGGCAGGUGCAAGAAUUUUAUCGACCUAGGCAAUAAUCCAGUUGGCCACGCCACUUGUAUAGAGGGUACUGAAUGCGUUGUGAUGUGUGUGUAGAGUGGUUGUGCAAGUUGAGUAUGACGGAAAGCUGUAUAUGUUGUGUGUGGAGAGGCUGUGCGAGUUGAGUGUGAUGGGAAGCUGUAUGUGUUGUGUAUGGGGAGAGGCUGUGCAAAUUAAAUGUGAUGGUAAACUGUAUGUGUUGUGUGUGGGCAGACGGAAUUUUUUGUGUGGGAGGCCAGGUUGAUGUUGAGUGUGCGCGUGGGCUGACACUGAGUUCUCACACUAUACAGACUACUAGGAUGGACAUCUCUCUCUCCUUUCUUGAAAGAGCUCGAGUUAUGACCAUAAACAGAUCACUCCUGUUAAACCAGGCUGUGAAUAGUCUGAUAGCAGCUGCAGUAUGACUGCUCCCUGUUUACAGAGCAGUUUCACUCAUCCAAAGUGAUAAGAGACUCUGCCACUGAAGAAACAACUACACAUCCCUUAAACUCCUGCUAUACAAGGGGGAUAAAAAGAAUUCUGACACUAGAAUGAAAAGCUCCUGUUGGUAGACCUGACCAUAGCUAAUGAAUUGGGCAUGGGCACAUGUAGUUGAGCACUUGCCUUGAAUUCAGUUCAUCACAUUGAUGAAUAUAUGAAUUUUUACUUUAGUAAAUAAAUUAGCUUACUGACAGACCAUUGUACUAUGUUAUCAUUGAAACUGUCAGGCAAGAUCAUUUCUCAUGCUUCUUCACUGUAAAGGGGUCCCACCGGUGUGUUAGACAUUUAUUUAAAGGGCGAAUGCUGUCACAAUAAUUGGAUAGACAGAGCAGCAAGCAUUCCUGCUCUGACACCUACCCCCAAGAAUAAAGGCUUAAAUGAGAAACUCUUGCACUGGGUUCUGUACUAAUCUUAACGGAACACAGUUUAUUAAAGUGCUUUAUGUGUCUGUCAUAUUUUUCAUACUUUAUGUUCUAAGUGCUGCCGAUUUGCAUAGAAAGCAGCACUUUUAUAUUUGGGGGCAGAAACGCCUCCUUGGUUGUCACUAAAAACAGCCAGAGAGGUUUUUUUUUUCUCUUCUCCUUCUGUUAGCUCUAAAGCGUUUGUAUUGCAGCUCACUGAGAAGCAUUGAAAAGGCACGAUUGUACGUGUGGCUCCAGCACAAAGGCUUCUCAGUGAAAAGCCUCUGACUGGCCAAUUCCCCUGAAUGUCUGUGCUUGGAAAGAGGGUUUGCAUAGGCUACAGAUAGCAGGUCUGCUGCUUUUUUCAAGCUGUGUUUUUUUUUUCAAAAACCACCAAAGAAGACAUGCAUAUUUUCUUUGGGGAUAUAUCUUCUAUAUCAACUAAAUUGUUGAAUAAAUCAGACAAUCAGUCAGUGUUUCUUUAAAUUGGUUCUUUUUGUUCCUUUUACCAGGUUACACAGUUUUCCUGAGAGGAAAAAGAAGAUAGCGGAGUGUUGGUCCAAACUGAAAAAACAGGCCUCACCUUUAAUAUAUUGA